UUCGAUCAUAGAAAAAGAUAACUUUAUCAUUAUUAUCUACUCAGCUCAAGUUGAACAUCUAGAGCAAAACAUCAUAUCUUACUUUUUUCAGACCGAACACACACAUAUCAUAAUAUACACUCAAAAUGUCCCAAAACCGUCUCCCAGGCUCCACCCGCGGCGGCGCCAGCGCCCAACCCACACCAGCCAACAACUCCGGCGGAGGCAGUGGCUGGGGCGACGAGGGCUAUCCCAAGGGAGGAGGCGGAGGAACAGCGAACCAGACAUCGUCGGACGAUGGGGUUCCUUCCGAUAUCCUCACCACGCCCGCCCUCCAAGGCAUCUCGCAGCAAAAGCAAGCCGCAGAGCAAAAGUUCAUGAGUCGGUGGGAUGAAGGACAUGAUCAGCGAGAGGGCACUUGUGCUACGGAAGAUCAUAGCUUCAUGGGCACGAAGCCUGGUGGGUCGGAUGCGUUGCCCGGUUGGAAUGUGCUAAAGGAUAAGUUGGGAUUUCUUUAUCCGGAGUAAUUGGAUUCUUUUUUCUUUGGGGAGGGGGUGUGCGUUUAUGAAUGAUAUGAAUGAAUGGUAUCAAAUGAAAUAUGGUUUUGGGAAUUGAGAUUAUGUUAUGAUGUAUUUAUUGGGGAGGGAUGUUAAGAUGGAUUAAACAGGCGUUGAUAGUGAGAUUGAUGUGAUGUGGUUGGUUUAGUGUAUUGGUAUAGCAUGUAUGUCACAUUCAAGAUGGA